UUUGAUAUAGUUGCCAUAGUAUUUCUGGCAUGUUCUACUGUCGCGCGUGUGUGACGUCAUCACCUCCGCAGUUCGUUGCGGGUUUCUGUUAAAGCUACAUAAACAUGUCUAACUUAAUAAUGCAUAUUCUUACUUGUAUCGCUUUAAAGCGUGUAUUUUGCACUGUCUGUGUGGCUGUCAAUAUCUAUGGAAAAAAUAUUCUAACAUGUAUCACAAAAAAAAAAAUCAGUUUUCUUCACACGUUCAUUUAUGUAGCACACUUUCAUAAAGGAAUUUAAAAUAAAGAAUUUAAAACAGUGAAGCAGAAAUUACGCAUUUAAAAUGUUAAGUUUAGUUCAUUAAAAAAAAAAAAAACAUUAAAACGAAUAAUAAAGGAACUUUCAUUUUUUUUUAAAAAAUGCGUCGGAAAGCAGAACUUCUGUUAUUCAGCGUGGUGUUGUCCCAUUGGUCCGGUUGGUGCGCUGACGUCAGCGGGAUUGUGGGGUUUGUAGUCUUUCAACCCCUCCCUAAACCGUUGACAACAGCGCUGAGCGCGCCGGCGGAGAACUACAGCGCGUCGCAUGUGGGCGUGUUCGUGGAUGACGUGUCUUUGUUUGGAGGCGGGGCGACGCGGCUAAAUUUCCACGCGGUAGUUGGUCGAGUUUGACAGUUCAUCUCUAUCGGGUCGUGUGAAGUGACUGACCCACACCGACCUGCGCAGGGAUGACAGCUGCUGCAGCCCCGAACAUUAAACACGGUUUGGUUCGGUGAAGGGAUGAUGUGUGGACACAGAUGCAGUGUUCUGGAGGCGUCUCUGUUUGCUCUGGGACUUUUUGGACUUUUGCAUUCAGAGCAGUUAACAGGUGUGUUGGACGACUGCUUCUGCGACAUCGAGAGCAUCGACUUCUUCAACAACUUCAAGAUUUACCCUCUCGUUCGGAAGCUCAGCGAGAGAGACUUUUUCCGAUACUACAAGGUGAACCUGAAGCGUCCGUGUCCGUUCUGGCCCGAUGAUGGCCAUUGCUCCAUCAGAGACUGCCACGUAGAGCCGUGCCCAGAGAGUAAAGUUCCUGUGGGAAUUAAAUCUGGCAACUAUAACAAGUUCUCUCAGGCCGUCGGCAGCGACAUGCGCGAGUGUGAACAGGCUCAUGAACUGGGCGCCAUCAACAGCACACUGAGUAAUCAGAGUAAAGAAGCGUUCGCAGACUGGGCUCAUCACGACGACGCUCAGGAUCAUUUCUGCGGGUUAGACGAUGAGAUGUCUCCUGAGGCCGAAUAUGUGGAUCUGCUGCUGAACCCGGAGCGAUACACCGGAUAUAAAGGCCCGUCCGCCUGGAGAGUCUGGAACAGCAUCUAUGAGGAGAACUGCUUCAAGCCAAGAUCGGUGUAUCGUCCUCUCAACCCUUUGUCUCCGAGUCGAGGUGAUGAUGAUGGUGAAGGAUUCUACAAAUGGCUGGAAGGUUUGUGUCUGGAGAAGCGUGUUUUCUACCGUCUGAUCUCCGGCCUCCACAGCAGCAUCAACAUCCACCUGUGCGCCGAAUACCUGCUGGACGAGGGCUGGGGGAAGUCCGUCUGGGGUCCAAACGUGCAGGAGUUCCGGCAGCGCUUCGACCCGGCGGAGACCAAGGGCGAGGGCACGCGCCGGCUGAAGAACCUGUACUUCCUGUACCUGAUCGAGCUGCGCGCGCUCUCUAAAGUGGCUCCGUACUUCGAGCGCUCCUUCAUCAACCUGUACACGGGAAACUCCGAGGAGGAUUCACUGACCAAAGAGCUGCUGCUGAACAUCCUCAAUGAGACCAAAGCGUUUCCCAUGCACUUUGACGAGAGCUCCAUGUUUGCUGGCCAUAAAAUGGAGGCGAAAACACUGAAGGAGGAGUUCAGGCUUCACUUCAAGAACAUCUCUCGCAUCAUGGACUGCGUCGGCUGCAGUAAAUGCCGACUUUGGGGAAAGUUACAGACUCAGGGUCUGGGAACGGCCCUCAGGAUCUUGUUCUCGGAGAAGGAAAUCAAGAAUCUUCCAGAAAACAGUCCGUCCAAAGGCUUCCAGCUCACGCGCCAGGAGAUCGUGGCUCUGCUCAACGGAUUCUCCAGACUUUCCACGAGUAUAAAGGAGUUGCACAACUUCCGGACUCUUCUGAAGGAUCAUAGGUAACACUCCUCCAGGCCACCAGGUGGCACCAGCCCAGUGGACUCUGCAAUAGUCUUAUCCAGCCCAGAAUAAGGCCUGUCUCAGGGACUGCAGGAUUGGCGUCCAGCAGAACCCUUCCUCUAGAUCCGAUCUCAAACCCUCCUGCUCUGCUUUAGUGCGUCGAGUCACAAAGCUUCGCGAGAAACACGCGGGAUCUCUGCUUCCAGCUCCAAAACACUUCUCAUGCUUUCAAUCUCUUUCUUCGUCUCUGCAUGUUCAAGCGGACUGUGGUUUUCUACUUCCUCGUCUUUUCUCUGUCAGAUUCGACUGCGGUUCAUUACCCAGCGCUGCAUUUCUUCCUGUCGUUCUCUUCGGUUUCUGUGUCUGUUCCUGCUGACUACUGUCACUUCAUUAGUUUUGAAUCUGUUGUUCACUGGAUUCACUCAAUUACUAAGAACAUGUCCAGGUCACAUUUUACCUCAAAAUCAUAAAUCUAUAUAUAUAAGAAAAUGAAGCCUUUGAGGUGAAAUAUGACCUUGAUCAAUUCUUGGCUGUCUUGUGGGUAUUUUUUCCAUGAAUGUGUGCGUCUUGUGAAGUCAUUCCUCAUCUGAAGUGAAGACUUUUGGUUUAUAGGACCAUAGAAAUUAAUUUUAUAAGCUUGAAAGAAGGAAAUGUAGCUGAUUGUUACACAUUUAAGCAACGGAUAACAAGCAAUAAUGUUCCUCCAUUGAGUUCAGAUUCAUCCUCCACAGAGAAGAAACAGAAGAAGGAAAGAAAAACUAAAAAAUAUUGAAUUAUUUUAUUAGAUGAGUGAAAACGGUUAAGAAAUAUAUCUCAGCCCAAAGUUAAAAAGCAAAAAAGCAAAUUAUAUUUUUGUAAUUAUCACUAAUUAUGAAAAUAUAAUUUUUUGAGCUGUUUCAAUGUGAAAUUCACUCAUUUUGUUCCACGUCUGGAAAGUUCUUCAUGAUUAUAUUUAUAGUUCAGCGUCUGACUGAAAGAUCUCGCCUGUUUUAGCUUCAUAUUUUUUGAACACUUGAAAGAGCAGCAGACGUCACGUCCUUCUGUCAGCGUUAAAUAUAACUGAUCAAUGAACGCUGUCAAAACCACCGCAGGUUUCAUCCGAUACUGAAGAACGAGUGAUUUCAACUGAAGCUCCUAUUUUGGUCUUUUUCAUGGUCUGUUAAUUCUGGAGUAAUUUACUGUACACAGAUGGAAGUUUAGAUGAAGAGCAGCUAUUUGUGUGUGUGUGGGUGUGAGAGUAUGUGGGUGUGUGUGUGAGAAAGCGUGCGUGAGAGCGUGUGUGUGUGUGUGUGAGAGCGCUGCAUGCUCUCAGCAGCUCCAGAACAUUCAGCGUGAUCCUCUUGUCUGCCUUAAUAUCUCUGAAUGACAGUAUAAUACUGUAAAUAUCGCUCAUCGCUCCUCUCUGCCUUUCUGACUUGAUUUUGAACAUUUUCACGCUGUGAUCAGAACAGAUUAAGAUGCUCCUGUACUGUGUGUUUGUGUCAGGAAUAUUUAUUUAAACAGGAAUAAAUUGAUCUGGCUGCCUCUCA